GGGGCUAACGGUUUUCGGUAGCAGCGUCUGAGAAGGGCGGGGGAAAGGAGGUCCCCAGUCCGUGUCCAGUGACUCUUGGCUCCUAGCAACCCCACAGCCCUGCAGACACCCCAAGAUGUUGGGCUUUGAGGACUCAGAGCUGGAGUCAGUGGAAGGAGGGGAGGCCGUGGCGGCCCCAGGGCCACCCCCAGAACCCCGCGCCCCCGAGCCCAGAGCCCCAGUCCCGGAGCCCGGCCUGGACCUGAGCCUGAGCCCGCGGUCCGAGAGCCCCGGGCGGCCCAGCAGCAGCCCGGGCCGGCGGAAGGGGCGGGCGGGCCGGCGGGGCGGGGCCCGCAAGGGGCGGCAGGUCCGCUUCCGCCUGCCACCACCCUCCCCGGUCCGGUCCGAGCCGCCGCCGGCUGCCGCCGCACCGAGCGAGAAGCCCGCGGCGCCGCAGGACCUGGGGACGCCCGCGCAGCAGAGCAGCCUGGCCCUGAGCCUGGAGCUGCAGGCCGCGCGGGCCGCAGCCGGGGGCCAGUUCGAUGCCGCGAAGGCCGUGGAAGAACAGCUGAAAAAGUCGUUCCAGACCCGCUGCGGCCUGGAGGAGAGCGUGGCCGAGGGGCUGAACGUGCCGCGCUCCAAGCGGCUCUUCCGAGACCUGGUGAGCCUGCAGGUGCCCGAGGAACAGGUUCUGAACGCCGCACUGAGGGAGAAACUGGCGCUCCUGCCGCCGCAGGCCCGAGCCCCGCCUCCAAAGGAGCCAGCUGGGCCAGGGCCAGACAUGACCGUUUUGUGUGAUCCAGAGACAUUAUUUUAUGAAUCUCCACACCUGACCCUGGAAGGGCUGCCCCCACUCCGGCUUCAACCCCGGCCCCGCCCUUCAGAGGAUACCUUCCUUAUGCAUCGGACACUGAGGCGAUGGGAAGCUUAGACCUGGAGGCUCCCUGGAUUGCGUGGUUCAUAUUUUUUUGUGUUAAAACUAUGAGAAUAAAGUGGUUUUGCUAACA